UCCGCAGUCGGUUCAGCAUUCAGUUCCUCCGCGAUCGUCCCCUGGAAAAGUAGUGCACAAUGAAGUUCUUUGUCGCGGUCUUUCUGCUCAUCGGAAUUCUGUUCCACCACUGCCAAGCGGCUGCCUACACCGCAGACAACUACCGUGACUUCCGUCAGAAGUGUUCGAAAAUCCUCGGAACGUCCGCCGAAAUUAUGCAACAGAUCGAGGGCACGAAGGACUACACCUCCGACGACCGGGAGUUGCACUGCCUGGUUCGAUGCGUUGGAAUCCUGAGUGAAUUCUACGACGACGAGACCGGCACCAACUGGGAUCUGGUGGCCCAGCAGGUGGAAGGCAAGAGCGGCUUCGAAGAGCACCGGCAAGCGACGACCGAAUGCGUCCAGGCUCUGCCCGCGGAGGAAGUCCAGUCGGAUGUUUGCCGGAAGUCGUACCUGUCCUUCCACUGUGCCAUGAAAUCCGCCAAACAGCACAUCAAGGAUAAGAAUUAGUUGUUUCGAUUUUGAGUUGUUUGGAAUAAAAUGUCCGUCUGAGCGAGCGAUUAUCGAUUUCGCUUCGGAGGUGAACGAAAGAGGUGUGAAAUCCAAUUAUUAUCAUCAAUAAAUUGAACAUAUUUGAAUCAGUGCACCACCACGAUGCAUUCUCUGUCGGAAUGGGCACGCACUCAUACACACACACACACACAGCUACAUUUGGGAAACAGUUUCAGAAUGUUUGGGUUUCGCAGUGAUAUGAGCAGCAUGACACCUCUUUGCCCUCUCCGUAAAUGGAAAUCGACGGCACCAUUUUAGAUCGGUUCAAAUGUGGAACUUUGAUGGCAGAGCGGAUUUAGCACGGACCGGUCUAGCGUGAUUGUGUGUGUGUGUGUGUGUGUCCUCCAUUAAUGGUAAUGCAAUGGUUUGGUAGUACCUGGGUGAGUUGAUGUCAGGUUUUUCCGAUUCUCACACGGAAAUGGGAUUUGGUCGAUUUUCAGUGUUGCAGGUCGAAAUGAUAUUUGUUUGCCUAUGCAGGAAUGGUCGGCAUAUUUGAGGUUGGCAAAUAUUAAUUGGUGGGAAUCGGGGGAGCCGUGGGAGAGGAUUCGAAUGUUUAAAAAAGGCAAAAUCAGUUGCUGUUGGAUUUCCCAUUCGAUGAAAUAUGCAUUCCCGAAUCGACCUUUGCCAUGCAGCGAAGUGGUAAUCGUGGAAAAUUUGCAGUUGCUUUUGCUGCAUUUGCGGCGGGUGGGAUUAUAUGAAACCGGGUAAGGUCAAUCGAGUUCAAUAAUUAGGUGUUAGUGUUUGAUUUGAGAUCAUUGGUAGCGAACUAGAUUUGGCGUCAUAGUGGAUUUCAAUGAACUUAGCACCAAUCGGUGCUGCAAAAUAUCGACCAUACACGACAAUAUUGACAAUACGGACAAGUGAUCAAGUCUUUUAUUUGCAGAAAUAAAGGUAUACAUUCCUCGGUAAAGUUGUUGCUCAGCUCAUUUCAAGCAACUUUGUUAAGAAAAGCUUUUUUGUAUCUCUUGAAUUGACCAAUUUAGAGCAUUUUUCUAUUAGUACUAUAGAAUCUAAACAAAUCAGAGAUAUGUUAUUACUUUUAACUUCUAUAAAAUAAGCCAUAUUACUUUGUUAAUUUCUAAACUAAUACACUACUAGCCAUAAGUAUGGAUUCGCUCAGAAACAGUUACAUUUAUUAUGCUAUAUCUCGAAAUCCUGAUUAUUUGCAAAGGUGAUGUUGUCUUCGGCAAAGUUGUUCAGAAUGCCAAGGGCGUCUGGAAGGG